AUGCAUACGUUCGGAUACAGAGCCAACGCGGUGCUAACGUUCUCGGUGACUAUACUGGCAUUAAUUUGCGCCAUCGCUUCUUUCUCUGACAAUUUCAACUUUCCUUCUCCUUCUGCCCAAAUCCAGGUAACGAAUUUCAAUUGGUUUCAAAAGCAGUCACGUGGAAAUGAUGAGGUCAGCCUCACCAUGAAUAUAACAGCUGAUUUACAGUCACUGUUUACAUGGAAUACCAAGCAGGCUUUCGUAUUUGUAGCAGCAGACUUUUUACAAACUUAUGAGGCAAGCAUGGAGCUGAAUCCAUUUGCCUUUUCAUUUCCCCUGAUACACAUUCAGGCUCUAGACAAGCCUCUUGAGUCAUUUUCAUUCACAACUUCAAAUGUGUCGCUUUGGGAUGCUAUUAUACCUGCCAAAGAGCACGCAAAGUUUUGGAUUCAAACCACGAACAAGUACCGUUUUGUUGAUCAGGGAAGCAAUCUUCGCGGUAAAGAAUUCAACAUGACGUUGCACUGGCAUGUCAUGCCCAAGACUGGCAAGAUGUUUGCUGACAAAUUAGUCAUGCCUGGAUUCCGCUUUCCUGAGGAGUAUAGAUGA